CUCGAACGCGGAAAACAUGUUCGAAUUAAAGAUACUUUUAUUUUCUAUCGGCUGUUUGACUUGCUCGGGACUGUUCGAAGACCAGGUUGGCAAAUGGGAUUGGCUCCGGAAGCACGUGGGACCAGUGAAGCACGUGAAUUUCGGUACCAUCGCAGGCGGGAACAUUUUCGUGGGAACCGCUAGCAAUGUUCUGGCUUCGAUAAAUUCCCGCAGCGGGAAGUUGGUGUGGCGGAAAAUCCUACAGGAAGACGAAAGAGGUGUGAUCCAUUCGCUUUCGAGACGAGGUAACCCCAUUCUAGUCACGGGCUCCGAUCCCCCCAUUCUUCGAUCUUUUCACAUUUCCGGAGCUCUACAUUGGGAAACGAAGCUCCCUUCCACUCCGCCGAAGGACUCCGAACAAGAACAUUUCAUAGAUGCCGAGAGCAUGACCGUCGUCUCCGUGUACACGUCAGCGAAGGACGUGGUCGUUUCUCAGUUUUCGUAUGCAUCCCAGGAGACUAAGACCUCAGAGCCGAUCAGUGCUCCCUUCGCAAGGCUUUCGAAGUGCACCCUCGUAGACAAUUCAAUCUACGUCUGUCUCGUGGACCAGACUCUCAAAGUUCUGGCUUUGAGUGAUUUGGCGCGAGGUUUCAUCAGCAGCGAUCUCAAAACUGACGCUUCUGCCCUCGAACUCAAGGGGCUCCCGGAAGGUCGUUUCGUUGCCGUACGCUCUAAAGUCUCCACAUGGCUUUACGGCGUAUCGGCCAAAGGCGCCGAGUUGCUCCGUCAGUUCGAUGAUCUCACAGAGAUCACCAACUUCAAGCAUAAUGAUGUGGUGUACCAGGUGCUCGCGAAGCGAUCCGAAUCUUCGUGCUGGACCCUUAGCGUUCUCGACAGCAAGUUCAGCGAAGUGUCUGAGCUCCGAGGCGAAAUAUGCAUUCCGAACGUCUUCAGCGGCAUUCGAACAUUGGACGUGAUGGGUCUCUCGAAGAAAGAUGCCGCCGUCAGCUAUAGAGCGGUGGUCACUACUGACGACGCGGGCGUGUUGAUGUUCCAGAAAGAGGGGCGCGUCGUUUGGAGCCGUGAAGAAGCUCUCAGCGAGGUGACGAACGUCCAGUUCGUUGAUUUGCCCUUGUCGGACAUCGAAGCCCACAUCGAAGAAGAGUUCACAGAGAAACCGACCGGUGUCCUCUCUAUGCUGAUCAAGCGAAUUUAUUCCCAGCUCCAACAGCUGGCAACAUUCUUCGAACCAAAGAAUCCGCUUGCGAAAAACUUCGGCCUCGUGCGCGAUAACUUCGGUUUCCAUAAGGUGGUUUUCAUGGCAACGAAAGUCGGCAAACUUUUCCUGGUCGACAACCUGAGCGGUGAUAUCCUAUGGAGUCGAUACCUUCCGAAUAUCCGACCAUUCUCGAAUGGACAAUACAUUACCGUGACUCAGAGAUCUACUGCGCACAUUCCUCACCCUCCCGUACUGUCCAUAUUCGGACGUAGCCCCAGCGGAGGGAGCAGAGUUUUGGCACUCAACCCAAUAACUGGACAGAUACUAGACGACCAACACUUAGACAUUACCAUUACCCAAUAUUCUCUGCUGCAACCAAAUGAAGAGUUCUUGAAAGGUGUCGUCUUGUACGACGAAACCACGCGGAGAACUAUCGUGUAUCCCGCCAAAGCAAACACAAACUACAAGCACUAUCUGCUGACGGUCGGUAAGCGAGGUGUCGCCGACGGAUUCCUGCUCGAGGACGGAAAAAUCGAUCGCCUGUGGUCCAUCCACUUGGCGGCGGGCUCUGAAGUCGAAGGCGUCGCGGUCAAGGGUCAGGAGAACGUUCACUCCCAGGGACGCGUUCUCGGCGACCGCUCGGUGCUGUACAAAUACAUUAAUCCGAACCUGGCCGCGAUCAUCAGUCGAAGUGCCCAACAAAAUAGCGUGUUCGUAUAUCUGAUUGACGUGGUCACCGGCUCGAUCAUCUAUCAGACAGUGCAUCGGAAGGCUAAAGGACCCAUUCAUAUGGUGCAUAGUGAAAAUUGGUUCGUGUACUCCUACAUCAAUGAGAAAAUGCGCCGUCAAGAGAUCAGUGCCAUCGACCUCUACGAAGGUUUCGAGCAACCGAACGAUACGUUCAGUAGUUUCAGUUCGGUUCAGCCACAAGUUGAGCACAACACCUUUAUCCUACCGGACUACAUCGUCCAGCUCAAGGACACUGUCACCGAGAAAGGAAUAACCUCGAAACUAAUUUUGGCGGCGAACGCUCAAGGCUCGAUUCUAGAGAUACCCAAGGCGAUGCUCGAUCCCAGGAGACCGGUCAAUCCCACCAUGCUCCACCGAGAAGAAGGUCUGAUUCCGUAUGUUCCAGAAAUUCUCGUUCCUCCGCAAAGCAUCCUCAACUACAACCAAUCAGUGGCCAGAGUUCGCGGCAUCGAGACGGCUCCGUCGGGACUAGAGAGUACCUGUCUCGUGUUGGCCUACGGUCUUGAUCUCUACUACACGAGAGUAGCACCGAGUCAGAACUUCGACAUUUUGAAGGAUAACUUCGAGCAUUACUUCAUAUUGGUCGUUUUGGCGGCACUCGUUACGGCGACUUAUGUGACAAGGGCUCUGUCGGCUCGGAAAGCGCUGAAAGCAGCGUGGCAAUAGCGUUCGCUAUAGGACGAGAAUAUUUUUUGUAUUUAUUGAUCGACGCGAACAGUGUGUAAAUUGUCAGAGCAUGGAUGCGCCUGAGAGCGAGUCGAGUUAAUUAAAUUAUUAUUACUUAAGUCGCAUUAAAAUAGUCACGUUUUAUA